CUCUCCGGUCCAGCCCGGGGGUCUGAUGGCAGGAUGGCGGAGGUAGGGGGACCGGAGUCCAUCGCGGCCCGGUGCCCGGACGAGUCGUCAGAUAGUGAGCCAGAGCAGGAGCCCGGAACCCCGCAGAAACUCAUCCGCAAAGUGUCCACGUCCGGUCAGAUCCGCAGUAAGACGGUGCUGAAGGAGGGGAAUCUGAUGAAACAGACCAACUCCUUCCAACGCUGGAAGAGACGAUACUUCAAACUCCGAGGCAGAACACUGUACUACGCCCAGACCGCCAAGUCAAUCAUCUUCGACGAGGUUGAUCUGACGGACGCCAGCGUCGCUGAGUCCAGCACCAAGAACGUCAACAACAGCUUCACGGUCAUCACCCCCUGCAGACGUCUGAUUCUCUGCGCAGACAACAGGAAGGAGAUGGAGGAGUGGAUGGCAGCUCUACGCAGCGUCCAGAACCGAGAGAACUAUGAGUCCACCCAGUACAGCAUGGACCACUUCAGUGGGAUGCAUAACUGGUACGCCUGUUCCCACGCCCGGCCGACGUACUGUAACGUGUGCAGGGAGGCACUGUCCGGCGUCACGUCACAUGGCCUGUCGUGUGAAGUUUGUAAGUUCAAGGCUCAUAAACGCUGCGCAGUUCGAGCCACAAACAACUGUAAAUGGACGACUCUGGCCUCCAUCGGGAAGGACAUCAUCGAGGACGAGGACGGGGUGUCCAUGCCUCAUCAGUGGCUGGAGGGGAACCUUCCGGUUUCCGCCAAAUGUAACGUAUGUGAUAAGACGUGCGGCAGCGUCCUCCGUCUGCAGGACUGGAGGUGUCUCUGGUGCAAAGCCAUGGUUCACUCCGGCUGUAAAGAACACCUGUCGUCCAAGUGUCCUCUGGGUCAGUGUAAAGUGUCCGUCAUCCCUCCCACCGCCCUCAACAGCAUCGACUCAGACGGGUUCUGGAAGGCGUCCUGUCCGCCGUCCUGCACCAGUCCUCUGCUGGUCUUCGUCAACUCCAAAAGCGGAGACAAUCAGGGCGUGAAGUUCUUGCGUCGCUUCAAGCAGCUGCUGAACCCGGCGCAGGUGUUCGACCUGAUGAACGGAGGACCACACCUGGGGCUGAGGCUGUUUCAGAAGUUCGAUACGUUCAGGAUCCUGGUUUGUGGAGGAGACGGCAGCGUCGGCUGGGUCCUGUCGGAGAUCGACGCCCUCACGCUGCACAAACAGUGUCAGCUGGGAGUCCUGCCUCUGGGGACCGGCAACGACCUAGCCCGGGUUCUGGGCUGGGGUUCGGCCUGCGACGACGACACACAGCUGCCCCAGAUUCUGGAGAAACUGGAACGAGCCAGCACCAAGAUGUUGGACAGGUGGAGCAUCAUGGUCUACGAGACCAAGUUUCCACGGCAACACUCCGCCUCUACCGUCACAGAGGACUGCAGCGAUGACUCCGAGGUCCAGCAGAUCCUGACCUACGAGGACUCUGUGGCUGCUCACCUGUCCAAGAUCCUGACUUCAGACCAGCACUCGGUGGUCAUCUCCUCCGCCAAGGUUCUGUGUGAGACUGUGAAGGACUUUGUGGCCCGUGUCGGUAAGGCGUACGAGAAGAACACAGAGAGCUCCGAGGAGUCUGAGGCCAUGGCCAAGAAGUGCGGCGUCCUGAAGGAGAAACUGGACUCUCUGUUGAAGACGCUGAACGAGGAGUCGCAGGCCUCCACGGUGCUGCCUCAGGCUCCACCCCCCACCAUCGCCGAGGAGCAGGAGGAGGCCGAGGGCGUCCUGCUGCCUCCUCCUCCUCCGUCAAACCCCCUGCCGACCUCCGCCCCCUGCUCCCCUCGUACCAACACCACCUCCUCAUCCGCGGCAGCGGCCAUCUUUAAACCUCGGGAGCAGCUGAUGCUGAGAGCCAACAGUCUGAAGAAAGCCAUCAGACAGAUCAUCGAGCACACGGAGAAAGCUGUGGACGAGCAGAACGCUCAGACGCAGCAGCAGCAGGUGUUCUCUCUGAGCCGAACUGGGGACGAUGAAGGUCUAGUGGAGGAAGAUGAGGACGAGCUGGAGGACGACAAGAUGUCUCUGCAGUCGUCGUACAGCGCCAAACACCGCAACACCCGCAGAGUCAGUAAAACGCCGUGUGAGAAGCUCAUCAGUAAAGGCAGCCUAUCACUGGGCAGCUCCGCAUCACUUCCUGUCCAGACAGGAAACAGGGAGUACAUGCCCAUGCUGAACACAAAGAUCCUUUAUCCAGGUCUCAGGGCCGGUAUCUCAGGCUCUCUGUCCAGCAGCUCUGUGAUCAGCCGACUGUUGGUCAACGCCGACCCGUUCAGCUGUGACCCCGACAACAUGGACUGCUACACUGAGAAAUGUGUCAUGAAUAACUACUUCGGAAUCGGACUCGAUGCCAAAAUCUCCUUAGAUUUCAACAACAAGAGGGACGAACAUCCAGAGAAGUGCAGGAGUCGGACCAAGAACAUGAUGUGGUAUGGAGUCCUGGGAACCAAAGAGCUGCUGCACAGAACCUACAAGAACCUGGAGCAGAGGGUCCUGCUGGAGUGCGACGGUCGGCCCAUCCCCCUCCCCAGUCUGCAGGGCAUCGCAGUGUUAAACAUCCCCAGUUACGCAGGAGGAACCAACUUCUGGGGAGGAACCAAAGAGGACGAUACGUUCACCGCUCCGUCCUUCGAUGAUAAGAUCCUGGAGGUGGUGGCCGUGUUCGGCAGCAUGCAGAUGGCCGUGUCCAGAGUCAUCAACCUGCAGCACCACCGCAUCGCACAGUGUCGGACCGUGAAGAUCACCAUCCUGGGAGACGAAGGCGUCCCGGUUCAGGUGGACGGGGAGGCGUGGGUCCAACCGCCCGGUUACAUCAAGAUCAUCCACAAGAACCGGACCCAGACCCUGACCAGGGACCGGGCGUUCGAGAGCACGUUGAAGUCCUGGGAGGACAAACAGAAAUGUGAGUUUCCCCGAACGCCGCCGCCGCCACAGCCGCCCCUCAGCUUGCAGCCGGAGAUCGUGUCUGAGGACGAGGCGUCGCUCAUCAGCGAGUUUGGUCAGGCAGCAGGAGCUCUGAUCUGCAGUAUCCGUGAAAUCGCUCAGUCCCACCACAGUAUGGAACAGGAACUGGCCCACGCCGUAAACGCCAGCUCCAAGGCCAUGGACGUGGUCUACGCCAACUCAAAGAACUCAGGGGCACUGAGCUGCAGCGUGGUCAUCCAGAUGGUCAGUAACGUCAAAGCUCUUCUCAGUGAGACCGAGCUGCUUCUGGCUGGAAACAUGUCGAUGCAGCUGGAUCCUCCUCAGCAGGACCAGUUAAACGCAGCUCUGAGUUCAGUGGCUCAGCAGCUCCGACGGAUGUCCGACGUGUCCUGGAUCAGCGCCGUCGUCGACCCGUCGGAGCACGAGGGUCCUCUGACCGACUUCUCCAAGCGCAGUCGAAGUGCAAAGUUCCGUCUCGUCCCGAAGUUCAAAAAAGACAAAAACAACAAAAACAAAGAGACGUGUUCGACUCUGUCUCUGCCAGUUCACCAGUGGGGGACGGAGGAGGUGGGGGCGUGGCUGGACUUCCUGUGUCUCACUGAGUACAAGGACAUCUUCAUCGGACACGACGUCCGCGGAGCUGAGCUCAUCCACCUGGAGAGGAGGGACCUGAAGGAUCUGGGCGUGACCAAAGUGGGUCACAUGAAGCGGAUUCUCCAGGGAAUCAGAGAACUGAACCGGAACAGCAGUGCCAGUGAGGCCUGACGUCCACCAGCAACCGCUGCCUGAUCUCCUCCUACCUCUGCUGCUAUGGACCACCUCAUCCCGCGGACCUGACCUCUGACCUCCAGCCCGGGACCAGGUCCACGUAAAACAGAUGAAACAAUCCCAGACCAACCAAUCAGAGGAUCCGCUAGUGCCUUGUCAUCCCACCUGCCGACCAAUCAGUAUCCUGGACACAGGAGGGCAGGAGGGUGAAGAUUCAGAGCCAAAAAGACUGACAGUGGUCUACCUGAACCUGAACCAGAACCAGAGUCUUUAUCCACUGAAACAAAUCUCCAGUAACGACUGUUUUCCUAUCAGCUGAUCGUCUGAAGGGUCGUCUCUAACAGAAGCUUCACAAAUUAACAGAAGUACAUGUAUGUGGGCUUCGUCAUCAUCCUGGUUUAGAAGCGUUCCAGUUCACCUGAGCUGAGCGGCACCUUUGAAUCAGACACAGACAGACUUUAUUUGUCAUUAAGAUUUGCAUCAAAAUGAAAUUCCGAUGCAAUGGCUCAGUGCGGAACAGGAACAAUGACAGUAUUAUUUACAGAAGAAUAAAUAUACAAAUUAAAAACAGAAAUAUAAAAACUUUUGAAUAGUUAUUAUUAUUAAUAGUAAUAAUUUGAAUUAGAAGUUGAAUUAGCAUUUAUUUGGUGAAAUGCAGAUCACCAAGUAGGCUAAUUUUAACCCGACAAACCACUGAACCUAAUACCGGCUGAGAGACCCUCAGGGCUUCUGGUGGAUCCCAGACAAGCCCCCAGUGCUGUUUUAAUCUGGGUUGAAACAUAUUGAUGAUCCCACAUAAACCUCCACGAAACACGUUAAUCUGAGAAACUGAAAAGAGGAGCUCCACGAUCCCAGACGAGCCUCCACAAACGGACUAAUACAGUCUGAGAAACUUCAAAACCUCUUGUUGGAGGAGGUCUGACGAACGCUGAUGAACACUCCCCCUUUGGUGUUUUUAUCUCAGUUACUAGCGUCGGUUCUUCAGAUUGAAGGUUUGGACAGUUUGUUAAGACAGAGAUUUGUUUUCAGUGUUGAUUCAUCUCAUCACACCUGGAGAACGCUGACCAGUACCAGCAGAGUCCGGUCUGUUUCGGACCAGAUCCGAUCCAGGCCUGACCUGUUUCUGACUCCGAUGGAUCAGGACCCUGGACUCCGCUGAGGACCAAUCAGAUUCAGCUCCCUAUGAUCUACUGCCACCAAACCUUUAACAGCUGACCAAUCACAGCCUUGUCUGGUCCCGGACCUGCUGGACCAGGACUCAGCAGAACCCUUUAACAUGGAUCACUGUGACUUUGUGACAUAGUCUGAGCAUGUCUGGUUUUCUUCCUUUUCGACUGGAUCAGAAACCGAAGAACUUGUUUAGUUUUGUACUCGAACGUAUUUAUUUCCUCUUUGAACUUUGACCUUCAGUUCAGUUGUUGAAAACAGGAAAUGAAUGAAACGGCAGAAAUUGAGUCGUGUAACAGCGACCGAGCUUCUGUCGGAACCGGAGGCGUGGACCGUCGCAUUUAGGGACCAACGAACGUUUUCUGUUCGUUUUCGUAGACUUGACAUUGAAUUCUUUCAGUUUUCAGAUGUUAGCGAUAGUGAACUCAUUCUAUUUGUAUCAGACGUAUUUGAAUCCUGUUGACGACGUCCAGUGAAGGUUUCCAGCCUUAACUUGAACUCGGACGUUGUGGAGUCAGAGGUUUAGUGGUUUCUGUUCGGUUUUCAGCUGCUUUAUAUCGGUCAAAUCAAUCUGUGAGUUUUUUUUGUUUCCAGUUGAAUUUCAUUAGAUCACGACCAAAGCAACAGAAACACCUCAGUUUUUAUAUUCACUGCCCGGCCCCAAAAAAAAGUUGCACUUUGGUACAGUUUAAGUUAAACAGCCUGGCCAAAAA